UAUUGUAUAAACUUUGACAUGUGAACUUCAAAAUGGCUGCGUCCAUGGUUCGACAACGGGGUUCUAACCUGUUACUAAAACAGGCGAAAUUUAUGGAAUAUAUGGUAGCAAUCAAUAAAAGGUAUAAGCGUGGUCAUUUAAGACCUGUAUUAGAUCCACAUGAAAUUGGUACAAUACCAGAAUAUCCGGCUAUAAAGCCCAUUCUGAGUUGGGAAGAACGGUUGACUCGGAGAGCGAUAGACAAAAUACUUGAUCAAGAAACACCAUCCGACUUUAUGUACCAAAUUUGGAAGAAAAACGAUUGGAAUUACUUACUUAGGCCGGUACAUUAUCAUGUAGGAAGUCUUGAUUUCUACAAACACGCGACGAAAACCGUCGUUGUUGAUGAGUUACCAGAAACAAUUGUAUCCCGAUCUGAAGAAGAUUUUGUACAAGAAGAAAUCAACUCACUUACAGAGUACGUGAAAGAUUUGCUUUUGCAACAACAUUUUCACUAUACCCACAAAGUCGAUAAGGCUAACGAAUGGUUGUAUACUGGAAAAAGAUUGACCAGAAAUCUUGCAAACUUACUGUUUAAUUCUCAAAGGUCCAAAGCUGCUCACUUGCAUGAUGCAGACAUGGAUUAUGAUGUUGACAUCAAGUCCUACUGGAUAAGAGGAAAACAGAAAUUUAUGUAUGACACACCAGUAAACGCCCAUAUUCGGACUAAGGUACCAUUAGUUCAGUUUACUUCAAGAGAUAGUGACCUCUCUGUUGGGGAUGUGGCUGCUUGGGAUUAUGCUCCAGGCAAUAUAAGUGUCUUUGAGAAGCACAUAAAUCCUGUGUUUUUCCCAGGCUUUAAAGUAGGAAACCCCUUUCAGUUCACUCAUACACAAAUUUUCUCAUGUACACUGGACCGGAAGAGAUGCACCUCAAAGAAAAGCUCUGUGAGAGAUGUUUUGAUUGGUCAAGGCAUUUCAAGCUCAUUCGGAAUGUUGUCAGCCCUAGCAGCCUACCAAAUGAAAUUCUGUCAUCGGGACUUGGAAAAACCUAUGAUGUCCCAAACAAUAGUCUUUGAUGGAAAAAGACUCUCUUUCUUCUGCUACCAAUUAAACACAUUAGCAAUAGAUGAACGAAAUGAAGCAAAGAACCCCAGAAGGAACGUCUGUUGGCAUCUACAAGAUGUGCCACUGUACUCUGAUAUCAAGGAUGGCGUUGCAAGGGAUGUGAACGACGAAGCUUUAAAGUUACUGCUAGCUUUUGUGCACAGCCCAACAGAGGAUGCGGCAGGUAGAACACUGGAAUCUGACUUGCCACAAAAUGUAGUAUCAUCACCAUCCUAAAAUAAACGGCCAUUAAGCAAAUCCAUACCAUCACAGAGAUCCCAAGUUUCCUGCUAGUUGAGGGAAUUUCCAUGAAAUUGGGAUGGCCUCCCGCACUCGAACAACAAGAAUCUCAAGCAAAUUCAUAGUAUUUGCAUAUUUUUAGUACUGUAUGCUAUAUAAUGAAUUGCCUCAAAGAAUUCUGUGCUAAUGGGUAUCACCCUGCACUGCAAAAUACAAUUAAAUGUGUUAAAAUAGCUCAUUUAAACAGAUUCCCAGAAGUGACGUCUUCCAACAUACAUGGCACUCCUGCCAUCACAACAAACUACAGUAGUUUGUGACAUGUUCUUAAAUACUGUAAACAUAAUUUAUGUUGUUUUCACAAAAAGGCAUAAAACUAGCACAAAGUAGUUUGUGCAUUUACUGUAGUUUUUGAAAAAAAAAAUGUAUUACGUUAUUUUAUUUGAUAAAAAACAGGUACAAACUGUUGUGUGGUGACAGGCAACAAAGAGUAAAUUGAUUUGAUAUGUUUCUGCUCAAUAUAUUUUUAAGAGAUUAAAGAUUUAGCUGUGGAAACAGAAAGAAACUUAAUGUUGAUUGAACAUUUGCAUAUUAUGAUAGGAAUACAACAUGUUUUCAAAUACUAAUUGGCUUUAAUCUGUAUAUCCAACUGUACAUCAAAUUUACAUUUAGUUAUUACUGUAUAUCACUGUACAAAGUAUUUUAUGUACAUAAUUUAAAAAUAACUCUUCUAUGUGUAUGUACAUUUCAUAUUAUAGUCUCCAUCUGCAAUUCAGUUAUAGAUGGUAUCUGGUGUUCAAAAACACUUGCUAUUAAUCUGGCUAUCAGAUAUGUACACAGUUUCAAUCCCCGGCAAAUCAUUUUUUUUUUAAUGGAUUGCAAUGUGGUCAAUAAAUAGUACAAUUAGAUAUUUGGAAGAAUUUAUAACAACUUGAAUUUAGUAACAUGAUAACUUUUAUUUGUUGAAAUAAGAAAAUUCAAUAUUAAAUAUGGAAACAUAAUUUCAAAAACUAUCUUUAAAGAUACAUAAACCUAACUAUUAUUAAAAUGAUAAAUAUUAAGUGUAAAUAUGGAAGAAAAUUAUUGUAGCAAGGUAUUUUGUAUGAUGAGUUAAAAAAAAAUAUGCACCAUUGAAGAAUCAAGCCAA